GGAGUAGCUAACUGGUCCCACGAGAGAGGUGGGGUUGUCAACACUGUCCCUACUCACGACUAGGGAGAAAGAGAGAGCGAGAGAGAGAGAGGAUGUCUCUCUCAGACUGGCACUUGGCAGUGAAGCUGGCUGACCAGCCACUUGCUCCCAAAUCUAUUCUUCAGUUGCCAGAGACAGAACUGGGAGAAUAUUCCCUCGGGGGCUAUAGCAUUUCGUUUCUAAAGCAGCUUAUUGCUGGCAAGCUCCAGGAAUCUGUUCCAGACCCGGAGCUGAUAGAUUUGAUCUACUGUGGCCGGAAGCUUAAAGAUGACCAGACUCUUGACUUCUAUGGUAUUCAGCCUGGAUCCACAGUUCAUGUUCUCCGAAAAUCUUGGCCUGAGCCUGAUCAGAAACCUGAACCAGUGGACAAAGUGGCUGCCCUGAGAGAGUUCCGAGUCCUGCACACUGCCCUGCACAGCAGCUCUUCCUACAGAGAGGCAGUCUUUAAGAUGCUCAACAAUAAAGAAUCUCUGGAUCAGAUCAUCGUGGCAACCCCAGGCCUCAGCAGUGACCCCAUUGCUCUAGGGGUUCUCCAGGAUAAGGACCUCUUCUCUGUCUUUGCUGAUCCCAACAUGCUAGAUACAUUGGUGCCUGCUCACCCAGCCCUAGUCAAUGCCAUCAUCCUGGUUCUGCACUCUGUAGCAGGCAGCACCCCAAUGCCAGGAGCUGAUUCCUCUUCCCGAAGCAUGCCCUCCAGCUCCUACCGAGAUAUGCCAGGUGGUUUCCUGUUUGACGGGCUCUCAGAUGACGAGGACGACUUCCACCCAAGCACUCGGUCCACACCCUCUAGCAGUACACCCAGCUCCCGCCCCGCCUCUCUGGGAUACAGUGGAGCUGCAGGGCCCCGCCCCAUCACCCAGAGCGAGCUGGCCACUGCCCUGGCCCUGGCCAGUACUCCAGAGAGCAGUUCUCAUACACCAACUCCUGGCACCCAGGGGCACUCUUCGGGCACCUCGCCAAUGUCCUCUGGUGUCCAGUCAGGGACACCCAUCACCAACGAUCUUUUUAGCCAAGCCCUCCAGCAUGCCCUGCAGGCCUCUGGGCAGCAGCCCAGCCUUCAGAGCCAGUGGCAGCCUCAGCUGCAGCAGUUGCGUGAUAUGGGCAUCCAGGAUGACGAGCUGAGCCUCCGGGCCCUUCAGGCCACUGGAGGUGACAUCCAAGCAGCUCUGGAACUCAUCUUUGCUGGAGGAGCCCCAUGAACUUCUUGUACCCAAACACCUAGCAAAUUGCGGAAGCUAUUCCUGGCAGGAGGCACUUGUGAAGUUGCUUCUAGAUCCCACCCCAACCCCACCCAAUAUAUCUGAUGCUCCCCUCGCCUGCUGUGUCCAGUGCUUGACCUUCCUAUUGAUCUCAACUGGGGGGAGCAGCUUGGCAAGCAAGAUGUAUGGUUUUGGAACUGUGGUGUCAGGGUUCAGAUUGAUCCUUACUUGGUUUAGAUCCUGAGUAAGAGAGUUGGGGCCAGUGUCAUGGGGGUGCUGUGUAAUACCCAUGUUCACCUUAGACGAGUCCCUAGCAAUAGCCCCCAUCUACUUGGUGCUUUAGAGCCUGAGGCUGAAGCAAGCUACAGCCCAGUCUUCAGGGUAGUUGCUCAUUACAGAGAAGGCCAGAAGAGACUGUGACCUCUGACAAAAGUCUGGGGAGUGACCAGGUGGAUUCUGAUGUGGCAGAAGAGAAUAUUUGUCAGAUGAUUCCAUGUCCCUACACUGGCUGUGUCUCACCAAACAUCCUUUGAUAUAUGUUCUGUAAUUCAGUACUCACACCGGGCCAGGAAACGCAUCCCUUUCCUGUGUCCUAAAGGCAUAAUGAUAAGAGCAGUUAAAAAUAAUACUGCACUAGCAGUACAGACAGCUGGACUUUAAUACUGAGGAGAGCCCCAGCUGCUUACUGUCUGUACUCUGGUUCUGAGACAGUCCCUGCAGCAUCACAGACGUGUCCAAGUUGACCAAAUGGGUUUCAUGUGCUCCAGAUCUGUUAGGGGGAAAUGUCUAUGCCUUCAAUAGUUCUUGGACUCAUUUGGAGCUGAUGUGGCAGGCAGGAGCUCAGAAGUCUGUCCCAGCUUUGGCCUUGGCAAACAUUCCAUUCACACCAUCUCCAGUUGUGGCCAUGUGGCCCCUGCUUGUCUCCUCCCUCCGUUCUCUUACUCUGCUUGAGGCUUCUGAGCUCGUGCAUCCCUUUCUGCUGCAGAACAUUUGGGUGUCUUUGCUCUUUCUGGAACAACUCUUGGUACCUGUUACACAGCUUCCCAGAAUUGAACUGAACACAGUUUCCCUUGUUUGUCAGGUCUUUCCUCCAUGGGCUUGGCACCUUGGCUUUGCUUCCUGUGGUCAUAUUUUAAACAGUCCAUGUUGGGCCUGAUAAGUGCCCCACUGAGCCGGGGCUUUCCAUGGGCUGAGGACUCCUUCCUUGUGCUUUUCCCUCUUUCAACAAACAGUGAGCCUCCAUGUCAUGUAAACAUGGUGACCUCCUUGCUCCUCAAGAACUGUGCUAUUGGAAAGACAGGUAGACCUUGCCCACUAAACCCUCAUGAUAGCUGGGCCACACAAGGCCCAGGUUGAGUGGGCAACUCAUGGGGAAGGAAGCUCACUUAGAUUAGUAGUGUCUGUGUUAGGAGAGUCCACCUGGAGAAAGUGGUAUUGGAGUCAGAUUGGAAGGUUAAGGAAGGAAAUGUAUGUGCUGUGUGGCCAGCCAUAGAGAGGGGUUGCCCUUGUGGACCUGUUGGUGUAGAAAGGAAGUCAGGGACCACAGGAGUCAGAAUUGUAACUAGGGAAGCAGCUUUGCAUCCUAGAUAGGUCAUUCUGGCUUCUGGUAGGUAAGUGGAUUGGCGAUAGCAAGAGAGAAGGGUGAAAAGGUUGAGGCAGUGGGCCACUUUGAUUAGCAGAGGUCCGGCCUGGCAGUAGAGAAGAUCUUGGGGGAUAGUUGCCAUGAUCAAAACAGACUUCAACCUUUGGGAGUGUACUACUAGCAUUGCCAUUAAACAGAUGGAGAAAACAA